CGCUGCGCCCUGGGUCUCUGCGCGCGGCGGGUCGUCCGCGGCCCCGAGGGCACGACGUCACGGACGCCCGGGGCAGGGGGCGCAGGUGCCGCAGGGGGCGCAGGUGUCGGGGACACUCGCGCUCAGACCCCGCAUCCGCGGCGGGAGGGACGCCGGUGGCGGUGCGGACGCGUGUCCCCGGGAAGGGACCCCGCGUCUCAGGCGGCUCCUCGGAGCCGCGGGCCGGGCAGCGGACGGGGCGCCUGGGUCCGGAGAACCCCGGAGCUGGGGUGGCUGCGGCUUGGACGAGGAGGAGGGACGCUGAGGGCAGGUCCGCUCCCGCGCACGUCAGAGCCGCGUGGCGCUGUCCGCUCCCAGACGGCAGGACGAAAAGCCGCCUUACCUGGGCCGGACGUUCAGCGACGACAGACAGGCACCCGGUGUCCGGAGACACGCGCUGUCGCCUUCCGGGGGUGGGAGAAGUGGCCCCGGAGGGCGGGCCCCGCAGAGCGCGAGGAAGGGAGAGGAAGGACCAAGGCCUUUCUAGAGGCUUCAACAGAGAGGAGGGUGCCCUGGGGUGCCCUGGGCCACACCCCUUACCCUUCCCGUCUUCAGCCUCAAGUUCCGCUCUCUGGGAGGUGGACCCAGGUCCUGGGAGUAAUGAACCGAACUCGGGGACAGGUUGCGUCCAGUUACUUCUCAGUGGGAAAAUAGAUUUUCAUCCGAAUCACAGCAAGGAUUUAAGAAAAAUAGCAAUAAUGACUGUAAUGGUGUUUUCAACUCAUGUGCUCUCACCGUUGUGGAGAGCAAGUGGACAGGAUACAGCAGGACAAUGUCACGGUAGCAUGGGGGCAAAUGGUCCAAUUCUGUGUGAUCUGCAGGUACAGGCAGAUACCCGUGUAGACAGGUGGAUACAGAUAUCCAGCAUCUGCAAAGACAGCUGUAUCUGGUUUCGGGAGACCUCAGAUCGGUCCUUAGGAGCGAUGCAUCUUGGCAUGUCUCAGUGGAAUCAAGUCCAACAAUUAGAAAUCAAAUUUUUGGAACAAGUAGAUCAAUUCUAUGAUGACAACUUUCCUAUGGAAAUUCGACAUCUGUUGGCUCAAUGGAUUGAAAAUCAAGACUGGGAGGCGGCUUCCAACAAUGAAACCAUGGCAACAAUUCUUCUUCAAAACUUGAUAAUACAACUGGACGAACAGUUAGGUCGCGUUUCCAAAGAGAAAAACCUGCUCUUGAUACACAAUCUGAAAAGAAUUAGGAAAGUUCUUCAGGGAAAAUUUCAUGGCAAUCCAAUGCACGUAGCUGUGGUUAUUUCAAACUGUUUAAGGGAAGAGAGAAGAAUAUUGGCUGCAGCCAAUAUGCCCGUUCAGGGUCCUCUGGAGAAAUCCUUACAAAGUUCUUCAGUUUCAGAAAGGCAGAGGAAUGUGGAACACAAAGUGGCUGCCAUUAAAAAUAGUGUACAGAUGACAGAACAAGACACCAAGUAUUUAGAAGACCUGCAGGAUGAAUUUGACUACAGGUACAAAACAAUUCAGACAAUGGACCAGGGGGACAAGAACAACGCCCUCAUGAAUCAGGAAGUUUUAACUCUGCAAGAAAUGCUUAACAGUCUUGACUUCAAGAGAAAGGAAGCGCUCAAUAAGAUGACCCAAAUCGUCAACGAGACGGACGCGUUGGUGAGCAGCGCGCUGACGGAGGAGCUGCGGGACUGGCAGAGGCGGCAGCAGAUCGCCUGCAUCGGGGGGCCGCUGCACAACGGGCUCGACCAGCUGCAGAACUGCUUUACACUGUUGGCAGAAAGUCUGUUCCAGCUCAGAAGGCAACUGGAGAAAUUAGAGGAACAGUCGACUAAAAUGACAUACGAAGGGGACCCCAUUCCCAUGCAAAGAGCACAUCUGCUAGAAAGAGUCACCUUCUUGAUCUACAGCCUUUUUAAGAACUCAUUUGUGGUUGAACGACAGCCAUGCAUGCCGACCCACCCCCAGAGACCGAUGGUACUUAAAACUCUUAUUCAGUUCACGGUCAAGCUAAGACUACUAAUAAAAUUGCCAGAACUAAACUAUCAGGUAAAGGUGAAAGCAUCAAUUGACAAGAACGUUUCAACUCUAAGCAAUCGAAGAUUUGUCCUUUGUGGAACUCAUGUCAAAGCCAUGUCCAUUGAAGAAUCUUCUAAUGGGAGUCUCUCAGUAGAAUUUCGACAUUUGCAACCGAAGGAAAUGAAGUCCGGUGCCGGAGGCAAAGGAAAUGAGGGUUGUCACAUGGUGACUGAAGAGCUUCAUUCUAUAACCUUCGAAACACAGAUCUGCCUCUAUGGCCUGACCAUAGAUUUGGAGACCAGCUCGUUACCUGUGGUGAUGAUUUCCAAUGUCAGUCAGUUACCUAACGCUUGGGCAUCCAUCAUUUGGUACAAUGUGUCAACCAGUGAUUCACAGAACUUGGUUUUCUUUAAUAACCCUCCAUCUGCCACUUUGAGUCAGCUCCUGGAAGUGAUGAGCUGGCAGUUUUCAUCGUACGUCGGCCGUGGCCUUAACUCAGAUCAGCUCAAUAUGUUGGCAGAGAAACUUACAGUCCAGCCUAGCUACAAUGAUGGUCAUCUCACCUGGGCCAAGUUCUGCAAGGAACACUUACCUGGUAAAUCAUUUACCUUUUGGACAUGGCUUGAAGCAAUAUUAGAUCUAAUUAAGAAACACAUUCUUCCUCUUUGGAUAGAUGGGUAUGUCAUGGGCUUUGUUAGCAAAGAGAAGGAGCGCCUCUUGUUAAAGGAUAAAAUGCCUGGAACCUUUUUGUUACGAUUCAGUGAAAGCCACCUCGGAGGGAUAACUUUCACCUGGGUCGACCAUUCCGAAAAUGGAGAAGUGCGAUUCCACUCUGUGGAACCCUACAACAAAGGCCGGUUGUCCGCUCUGCCGUUCGCCGACAUCCUUCGAGACUACAAGGUUAUUAUGGCUGAAAACAUUCCCGAAAACCCUCUGAAGUACCUUUAUCCUGACAUUCCCAAAGACAAAGCCUUCGGUAAACACUACAGCUCCCAGCCAUGCGAAGUUUCAAGACCAACAGAAAGAGGGGACAAAGGUUACGUUCCAUCUGUUUUUAUACCCAUCUCAACAAUCCGAAGUGAUUCAACUGAACCACAUUCUCCAUCAGAUCUUCUACCCAUGUCUCCAAGUGUCUACGCCGUGCUGAGAGAAAACCUGAGUCCCACAACAAUCGAAACUGCAAUGAAGUCUCCGUAUUCUGCUGAAUGACAGGAGAAAUUCUGGACAGUCAAAAGAAGGAAGCAAAUGAAAAAGCUUAAAGACUGAUCUUUGCCAACAGUCGUACUUAUUUCUUCAGCUUUGUACAUACCAGUUUCCAGGAAAUGGUUGAAGUCUGAAGCUCUCCUCUCACUGGCAUGACACCACUAACUGGGAAUGUCCUGACUAAAAUGCUAAAAACCGAAGCUUCAGAUAAACUUGCAAGAUAAGACACUUUAAGAAACCAGUGUUAAUAUAACAUCAACAAAAAA